AUGGGUGCAUAUUCAAUGGGAGCACAUCAAGAUACUGAGUUUUUAACUAUCAGAACGUACAAAAGUGAACACAUUCAUCAUGCACAGGACAGCUUAAUUGUUUCUCACUCAGGAAGGUCAAAUUUAGCUAUUUCAAUUGUGAUUGAUGACUUGAGGUGCAAUGUUGACAAGAGUCCUAAUGAAAUUAGAAAGGACUUGUAUAAAGAAUAUGGAGUGCAAUUGAACUAUACUCAAGCAUAUAGGAUUAGGAAGAGAGCACUAAUGGAAUUACAUGGUCGAGUAGAAGAUUCUUACAAGGUAAUCCCUUGGAUGUGUGAGAGACUAAUGGAAACUGAUCUUGACACAGUUGCAAGAUGGGAAGGCUCAGAUAGCAACCGAUUUGAGAGGCUAUUCAUUGCAUAUGGAUGCUCAAUUAAAGGCUUCGUGGAAGGUUGCAGACCAAUUAUUUAUAUAGAUGGAUGUCAUUUGAGUGGUCCUUACAAAGGAACUUUAUUAUCAGCUUGUGCAUUUGAUGCAGACGAUGAGUUGUUUCCUUUAGCAUAUGGUAUUGUUAGCAGAGAAACAAAUGAUGAAUGGACUUGGUAUCUACAGAAUCUGAAAGAGAUAACGAGAUCAGCACAAGUGAUAAUUGUCUCAGAUUGGAGUAAUGCUAUUAUCGGUGUUGUCAGGACAGUAUUUGAUGGUGACAGACAUGCUUUUUGCUAUCGACAUGUGAAAGAAAAUUAUAGUGCGCAGUAUGUGAAAAUCAAUAGAGGUGUGAGACGGACCUUAGAAAAUAACAAGGAGAAUGCACUUAAUUUACUUGAUGGAAUCGCAUAUGCAAGGCAUGAUAAUGAGUUUAAUGUUGCAAUGGGAAAUUUAACAUUGUUUUGUCCUCAAUUAGCACAAUGGGUUGAAUCUCAUGGGGAUGUGGAUAGAUGGGCGCAAAGUAAAUUUCCUUUUAAGAGACGAGAUAACAUCACCAAUAAUCUUGCUGAGUCUUUUAAUGCAUGGAUGUUGAAAGAAAGGAAGCACGCCUUGCCGGUUUUGAUGCAAGAGCAUCAAGAGAAGUUGGCCAAGAAGAUGGUUGCUAGCAAAAUGGGUAUGAGAACCUGGAAAAAUGGUGUAGGACCCAAUAUUGAAUCAAAGUUGUCAGAACAAAUAGUAAGAGGUGCAUAUAUGGAGGCAACAUAUUAUGUUGAUGACCAUAUUUCAGUGCAAGACAAUACGUGA